CCUACCGUGUUAACAAGGCCAUUGAGAAGUUUAUUAAGUGCAAAAAAUAUGACUAAAGUGGUGAAGUUGUAUUUUCAUUUGCACUUAACACAUUAAUUAUAAAUACAUUUAUCAUAAUAUAUGUACUAUCAUUAGUUUGAGUUUAUUUUAGCACUUUAAUUGUAUGUAAACAUAUUUUUCACAAGUUUUAAUGAGUCCCUUCUUUUGCAGUAUGUUUGAUUAUUUAUUUUUGUAAUCAGCCGGACACAAGCCUAGAUAAUAAUCUUUGCGAUUAACACAUGCUUUCAUGAAAUUUGACAAGGUAUAUCCUGUAAAACUGUGUAAGUUGGACAUAACUACUGAAUAUGAUUAAAAUCAAAAGUAAGAUUACUAAUUCAGUGUUAAUAAUUGAGUGGAAAAGUUGGGCCCAGAGGUCCAAAAGGUUACAAAUCCCUGAUGUAAUGCCUGUUUUUUGUUUUUUAGGAAAAUGUCAAAUGUUUACCUUCUCAAUGUAUUGCCGUGGUCCAUAGAUGUUGUUGCUCCUGGUGAUGAUGACAGGAAACUGAAGAAAGCAAAGAAACUGCAUUAAGAAGAGGCUUUUAUACUUUGACCUGAAGGCUUCUACCUCCUGCCUUUGGGAAAACUGUAACUGGACUUUUUAAGAGCGAAGUCGCGAGACUGCAGAAAGGCCAAUUCAUCACUAAUUUCAUGUAUCAAGGUGAUGCAGGUUUGGUGGUCUGUCAGCUGGACAACCCCUCAUUAGCUGCAGAGAUGGAGUCCAGACUGCUGCUAUAUCCAAAUGUGGACGAGGACUGGGUCAACCUCAGCUGCUCUGAAAGACUCACUAGAGCCGAGUUCACCAUAUCUCUCAGUCAAGAAGAACACAACCAGACGAUCCCUCGUCAGUCGUCUCCUACGGUGUGGAAGGCUCUGUAUGCAGAUAGAUACACCUGCCAGGACGCUGCCGUGAUUCCUUCUCACGGCGACCUCACGUUUACUGUCCUGCUGCUCAAUGCCGAUUCUGCAGGAAACCCUCUGGAGCACUUUAGUGCGGAGGAAGCAGGUCUUCAAACGUUUUACUUCCUCCUGCUGCUGGCAUACUUUGUGUCUUCCUGUAUCUACGUAAGGCCUCUGUACCAGGCUCUGAGGAAAGGCGGGCCCAUGCACACGGUCCUCAAGGUGCUGACCGCCGCUCUGGCCUUGCAGGGCUUCUCCGCCUUCUGCAACUUCAUUCACAUGGCAAGGUAUUCCAGAGACGGCGUUGGUAUUCCGCUGAUGGACAGCCUAGCUAAGUUUUGGGAUAUGGUGGCUCAGGUGUCCGUGCUGUACACGUUACUAAGUCUGUGUGUGAGCUGGACUCUAAGUCGAGGCCGGAAACCUCAGUCCCGACCUCUGCAGUGGGAACAGUCUCCGGCGUCCACAGCUGUUGCCGUAGGUGGAGUCGUUACGCAGGGUGUGCUGCUGCUUUGGGAGCAGUACUCCGCAUCCGGGAGCCAACACCACAGCUACCACAGCCAUCAGAGUCUGGCAGGGAUACUCCUCAUUGCCCUCAGGGUGACACUGGCCCUCCUGCUGGCCUCCGUUCUAUACCAGAUCAUCUCCACUGAGAGGAGCACCCUGAAGAGAGACUUCUACAUCUGCUUUGCCAAGGGAUGCUUCCUGUGGUUCCUCUGUCAUCCCCUCCUCGUCCUCACGUCCGCCAUCGUCAACGAGCACCAGAGGGACAAGGUGGUCACCAUCGGAGUAGUUCUGUGUCAGUCCAUCGCCAUGGUGAUCCUCUACCAGCUCUUUCUGUCUCGUUCCCUCUACUGGGAAGUCUCCUCGCUCUCCUCCGUGUCGCUGCCCCUCACUAUGUCCAGGACCGGUCAGAGGGGGCGCUACUGAGCACGGGUGCUUCUUAUCUUAGGCAUACGCGGACAAGACAUUUUGCUGGUGUCUGAAACGGUGCUGAAGAGCAUCCGCCUGCCUCUCGCGACUCCGAAGGAAAUCAAGACAAGAGAGGGGUCACAAAUAAUUCAUAGAAAAAAGAAAUGUAAGGACUCAGGCAUCAUCUCAAAAGAAGAAGAUUAGCUAUUUGUUUUUAUAUUUACAGUACAUACAAAAAAAUGCAUAGAAUAAUGUUACUAAACUGGCAGUCAUUGGGAGGUAGUGGAAUUUAUUAUUUACCGGGUUUACAGUGCGAGAUGAUGGACUGAACAUCAUAUUGAUGUACAUGCGGGAUGAAUGACUGUUUAAAAGUCAUUUUUCAGUUGUAGCCUACUAAAAUGUGAAUUUGCUAGCCGGUGGUACAGUAUAUGAACUGUAAUAUUUUGACAGUAUAUCUCCCCGUCUUCAUCGGCAGAUGAAGGCGAAUAACCUCAAAGCUUCCGAGUGAAUGACGUUAUUUAUUCGCGGAUGCAUGACAUAAAUAUUUCAGCGCCUUGUUUACGACCUGAUGCUUGAACAUAGAUCGCGUUUGUUUUUCUGUUGAACUUUGUUAGGUUUAUGUAACACAGUUGUGUUACUCGUGUCGCUAAGGAUUUAUGAUGUGCAACCUGUGGACUUGAAAUGCAAUUAUUUUAAGGUAAUAUACAAACCCUGUUUCCAUAUGAGUUGGGAAAUUAUGUUAGAUGUAAAUAUAAAUGGAAUACAAUGAUUUGCAAAUCAUUUCCAACCCAUAUUCAGUUGAAUAUACUACAAAGACAACAUAUUUGAUAUUCAAACUGAUAAAAAAAAAUUGUUUUGCAAAUAACCAUUAACUUUAUAAGUUGGGAAAGGUGGCAAUAAAGACUGAUAAAGUUGAGGAAUGCUCAUCAAACACUUAUUUGGAACAUCCCACAGGUAAACAGGCAAAUUGGGAACAGGUGGGUGCCAUGAUUGGGUAUAAAAGUAGAUUCCAUGAAAUGCUCAGUCAUUCACAAACGAGGAUGGGGCGAGGGUAACCACUUUGUCAACAAAUGCGUGAGCAAAUUGUUGAACAGUUUAAGAAAAGCCUUUCUCAACCAGCUAUUGCAAGGAAUUUUGGGAUUUCACCAUCUACGGUCCGUUAGAUCAUCAAAGGGUUCAGAAAAUCUGGAGAAAUCACUGCACGUAAACAGCUAAGCCCGUGACCUUCGAUCCCUCAGGCUGUGCUGCAUCAACAAGCGACAUCAGUGUGUAAAGGAUAUCACCACAUGGGCUCAGGAACACUUCAGAAACCCACUGUCAGUAACUACAGUUGGUCGCUAAGUGCAAGUUAAAACUCUCCUAUGCAAGGCGAAAAACCGUUUAUCAACAACACCCAGAAACGCCGUCGGCUUCGCUGGGCCUGAGCUCAUCUAAGAUGGACUGAUACAAAGUGGAAAAGUGUUCUGUGGUCUGACGAGUCCACAUUUCAAAUUGUUUUUGGAAACUGUGGACGGCGUGUCCUCCGGACCAAAGAAGAAAAGAACCAUCCGGAUUGUUAUAGGCGCAAAGUUGAAAAGCCAGCAUCUGUGAUGGUAUGGGGGUGUAUUAGUGCCCAAGACAUGGGUAACUUACACAUCUGUGAAGGCGCCAUUAAUGCUGAA